AUGGAGAUUGAAAGAGUUUCUAGAGAAACCAUCAAACCUUCAUCACCAACUCCUUGUCACCUUAGAAUAUAUCCACUUUCUUUUAUAGAUAACAUGUUUGUUUGUAAUGUUCCACUACUCUUGUUUUACAACCCAGACAAGAGUAAUGACCAAUUUUCAAAAAUAUCACAACUCAAAAGAUCAUUAUCUCAUGUUCUAUCCAAAUACUAUAUUUUUGCUGGCAGGUUGAAAGAUAGAAUUACUAUUGAAUGUGAAGAUCAAGGUGUGCCGUUUUUGGUGACAAAGAUAACAAAUAAACUAUCAGAUAUCCUCCAACACCCAGAAGAAAAAUUGUUGAACUCUUUGUUCGCUGACGGGUUGCAAUGGAAAGACGCAGAUUCGAGUGUUGCUUUAGUAGCCAUUCAAAUUAAUUGUUUUGAAUGUGGAGGAAUGGCUAUAAGUAUUUGCAUGAAUCACAGAUGUGGAGAUGCUUCCACACUUAUUAAUUUCAUGAAGGAAUGGGCUAUCAUCAAUAAAAAAUUACAAGAAGAAGAAAAUGGAGAAGAAUUAUUAAUAGUACCAUUUCCUUUACUUGAGGGAGGAGCUUCAAUUUUCCCACAAAAAAACUUACCUAUUUUCCCACAAUCUGUUCUUAAUAGACAAAAGAAUAUGAUAGGUAAACGAUUUGUAUUUCAACCAAAAAUAAUUAAUUUUCUCAAGGAAUUGGCAAGUUCUAGUUAUGUACUUUAUCCCUCGCGAGUCCUAGUUGUAAAAGCUUGGAUUUACAAGCACGCGGUUUCAUCAAUGGGAUUAAAUUUCAAGACAUCGUCGUUUCAAAUGGCCGUAGAUCUUCGCAAAAGAAUGAUACCUCCGUUGUCUGAAAAGUGUGUGGGAAAUAUAGUUUGGAUGUCAUCUAUGAUCGCUGAUAAGGAGGAAAUGGAGUUGAAAGAUGUAGUAUGCAAAAUCAAACAAGGGUUGUGUGAAUUUUGUGACAUUUAUCCAAAAUUAUUUGGAGGGAAUAAUUUUUCGUUGUUAUCCGAGUUCAUGAAUAAAAUUAUUGAUCUCAAAUCUAAGAAAAAAGAUGGGAUUGGUUUUAGUAGUUGGUGUAAUUUUGCAGUAUAUGAAGUAGAUUUUGGAUGGGGAAAACCAACAUGGGUUACUACUUGUGGUUGUCCUUGGAAGAAUUUCGUAAUUCUGAUGGAUAGAAAAGAUGGAAACGGGAUUGAUGCAAUAGUGAGCUUGGAAGAGAAUCAUAUGACUAAAUUUGAGCAUGAAUAUGUGGAGCUUCUUCGAUAUGCUUCUCCUAAGUUGUGA